GAACCGUCAUCAUGUCCAGAAGCUCAUACGAUAGAUUUUUGACAAUAUUUAGUCCAGAGGGAAAGAUAUACCAGUUGGAAUACGCAUUUAAAGCUAUAACGGGUUCAAAUCAAACAGCAGUAGGAAUUAGAGGUGACGAUGCAUCUGUAGUUAUUACACAAAAGAGAGUACCUGAUAAGCUCGUUGACCCAUCUACAAUCACUCAUUUAUUCUCAAUUACACCAACUAUUGGCUGCGUUAUGACUGGUAUUGUACCAGAUGCUAGAUCUCAAGUGAUGAGAGCACGUUCAGAAGCUGCAGAGUUCAAGUAUAAGUUCGGUUAUGAUAUAUCACCUGAACAACUAUCAAGGAGGAUUGCUAAUAUCAAUCAAGUGCACACUCAAAGAGCAGGUAUGAGACCAUUAGGUAUUUCAAUGAUGAUAAUUGGUUAUGACAACGAACUUGAGAAACCUGAAUUAUUUAAAGUUGAUCCAGCAGGUUAUUUCGUAGGUUUCAAAGCAACAUCCGCAGGUACGAAGCAAACCGAAUCAAUUAACUACUUGGAAAAGAAGUUCAAGAUCGAGAAUUUAUCUUUAUCUUAUGAUCAAAUAAUCGAAUUGGCCAUCGAGACAUUGAGUAAUGUUAUCAGUACAGAUUUCAAAUCAAAUGAGAUUGAAAUUGGUGUUAUUAGGAAAGAUAGUCAAGAGUUUAAAGUACUCGACGAGGAAGAAGUUGACGAGAUUUUACAAAGAAUUGCAGAUAAAGAUUAAAAUAUUUAAAUAAAUGUUGGUAUAUACAUUAAAAAUACAGAAUAAAUACGUUUAAAGAGUC